AUGCUGCGACGGGGCCACCAGGCGCUGCGGCGCUUCUCCACCGGCCGGGUUUAUCUCAAAAACAAGCUGAAGUUGGCACUUAUUGGCCAGAGCCUCUUUGGGCAAGAAGUCUACAGCCGGCUCCGGAAAGAGGGCCAUCGAGUAGUGGGAGUGUUCACCGUUCCAGACAGGGAUGGAAAAGCUGACCCACUGGCUCUGGCUGCAGACAAAGACGGAACCCCUGUGUUCAAGUUCCCCAGAUGGAGAGUCAAGGGCAAGACCAUACAGGAGGUGGCGGAGGCCUACAGGUCUGUGGGCGCCGAGCUCAACGUGCUCCCCUUCUGCUCCCAGUUCAUCCCCAUGGAGGUCAUUGACGGCCCGAAGCACGGCUCCAUCAUCUAUCACCCGUCCGUCCUGCCCAGGCACCGAGGGGCCUCUGCUAUCAACUGGACCCUAAUCAUGGGCGAUAAGCAAGCUGGGUUUUCUAUUUUCUGGGCCGAUGACGGUUUAGACACAGGGCCCAUCCUUCUUCAGCGGUCAUGUGAUGUGGAGCCCAAUGACACCGUGGACACCCUUUAUAACCGGUUUCUCUUCCCCGAGGGAAUCAAGGCCAUGGUAGAAGCGGUCCAACUCAUAGCUGACGGCAAAGCGCCUCGGGUCCCCCAGCCCAAAGAAGGGGCAACGUACGAAGGUAUCCAGAAAAAGGAAAACGCUGAGAUUUUGUGGGAUCAGCCCGCCGAAGUUUUACAUAACUGGAUCCGAGGUCACGAUAAGGUCCCUGGAGCCUGGGCAGAGAUCAACGGACAGCUGAUGGUGAGAAACCUCCAGUUUGAAGAUGGGAAAAUGAGCCCCGCCUCUCAGUACUUCUCAGCGGGAGAGAAGGCGGUGGUGGAACUUACAGCCGAAGAAAUGAAGGUGGCGGAGACCAUCAAGGCCAUCUGGGCUGGAAUCCUGAGCAACAUCCCUGUUUUGGCAAAUGCUACUAACACAAUUACCCCAAACUCUUUGCUUACUUUAAGGUUGGUUGAAGAGAUCAGACAGAAGUGUGACGGGCUUCAGUUACAGAACGAGGAUGUCUACAUGGCCACCACGUUUGAGGACUUCAUCCAGAAGGCCGUGAGGAAGCUGAGGGGGGAAGACCAAGAGGAGGAGCUGGUAGUGGAUUAUGUGUCAAAGGAGGUCAAUGCAAUGACAGUCAACAUGCCGUACCAGUGUUUCAUAAACGGAUGCUUCACGGAUGCUGAUGAUGGGAAGACGUAUGAGACCAUCAACCCCACCGACGGAUCUGGUUCUACAAUCCCAAUUAACCAAGCCCGCCCCAAUCGCAACCUGACCUUCACCAAGAAGGAGCCACUUGGCGUCUGCGCCAUCAUCAUCCCCUGGAAUUACCCGCUGAUGAUGCUGGCCUGGAAGAGCGCAGCCUGUUUGGCGGCAGGCAACACCUUGGUGCUCAAGCCCGCACAGGUGACACCCUUAACGGCCUUGAAGUUUGCCGAGCUCUCUGUUCGAGCGGGCUUCCCCAGAGGGGUCAUCAACAUAAUCCCGGGCUCAGGAGGUGUUGCUGGGCAACGCCUUUCUGAACACCCAGAUGUGCGCAAGCUCGGCUUCACUGGGUCCACGCUGAUUGGCAAACAGAUCAUGAAGAGCUGUGCUGUGAGCAACUUGAAGAAGGUUUCCCUGGAGCUUGGUGGCAAAUCCCCACUCAUCAUUUUCAAUGACUGCGAACUUGACAAGGCAGUGAGAAUGGGUAUGGGAGCAGUAUUUUUCAACAAAGGGGAGAACUGUAUUGCAGCUGGGCGGUUAUUUGUGGAAGAAUCCAUCCAUGAUGAAUUUGUGACAAGAGUGGUAGAAGAAAUUAAAAAGAUGAAAAUUGGUGAUCCACUUGACAGAUCUACCGAUCAUGGGCCCCAGAAUCAUAAGGCCCAUCUGGAGAAGCUUCUGCAGUACUGUGAGACUGGUGUGAAAGAGGGGGCCACCUUGGUGUACGGGGGAAGACAAGUCCAACGGCCAGGCUUUUUUAUGGAACCAACUGUGUUCACAGGUGUGGAGGACCACAUGUACCUUGCCAGAGAGGAAUCCUUUGGGCCUAUCAUGGUCAUUUCUAAGUUCCACAAUGGGGACAUCGAUGGAGUGUUGCAGCGAGCGAACCACACAGAAUACGGCUUGGCCUCGGGCGUUUUCACCAGAGACAUAAAUAAAGCAAUGUACGUGAGCGACAAGCUGGACGCGGGGACCGUCUUCAUUAACACGUACAACAAGACCGACGUGGCAGCCCCCUUUGGUGGCGUCAAACAAUCUGGCUUCGGGAAAGACUUAGGCGAGGAAGCACUGAACGAAUACCUCAAAACCAAGACGGUGACGCUGGAAUAUUAGAACAAGGCCGCCGUCAGGAACCCCUUGGCAGACAGCCCCAGCCCUGCGUUCUUGGCAACACCCAAGCAGCCUGGGCGUGCUGCAGAGGCAGGGCACCCGGAGCCAAAACACACCAGGUGCCAUCAAGAGACUCGUGGGCCAGAAUGUCUUCUACUAAGACUUUUUAUACCUUAACACGAUUGGCAGUUGUUGGAAUUUGAUUACAUUAUGGAUUAUACACAUUUCUAAAAUACUAAGCUGCUUCCCCCACUACCCCACCCGAUUAAUCUAACAACGAUUAAUCUAACAAUGGUUGUUUAUUCUAAACCAUGAAAUCAUGAAGCUUCCCGACA